GCGCGCACUGCAGGCAUGAAGGCCUCGCCGGCGCCGGUGCAGCUCCUGUUGGCCCUGCUCCUCUCCUCCGGGCUGCUGGCCUCCGGCCAGCCCCCGAUGCAGACUGCGGCGAACAACCCGCGGCUGCAGCAGGCGUACGUGGCGCUGCAGGCGCUGAAGCGCGCCAUUACGGAGGACCCCAAGAACCUGACGCGCAGCUGGUGCGGCCCCGACGUGUGCGGCUACUUCGGCGUCUUCUGCGCGCCGGCACCCGACGACCCGCACACGCGAACCGUCGCCGGCCUGGACCUCAACCACGGCGACCUGGCGGGGACGUUCCCGGAGGAGCUCGGCCUGCUCUCCGACCUCGCGCUGCUGCACCUCAACUCCAACCGCUUCGCCGGCGGGCUCCCGGAGUCGCUGCCCAAGCUGCACCUCCUCCACGAGCUGGACCUCAGCAACAACCGCCUCUCCGGCGGCUUCCCGCAGCACAUCCUCUGCCUGCCCAACGUCAAAUACGUCGACAUCCGGUUCAACAACUUGUGCGGACCCGUGCCGCCGACCAUCUUCGACAAACCGCUCGACGCUCUCUUCCUCAACGACAACAACUUCGACUUCCAGCUACCUGAGAACUUCGGCAACUCGCCGGCGUCCGUGGUCGUGCUCGCCAACCUGCACCUGCGCGGUUGCCUGCCGCCCAGCAUCAGCCGCAUGGCCGGCACGCUCAACGAGCUCGUCGUGCUCAACGCCGGCCUCCGCUCGUGCAUCCCGCCGGAGGUCGGCGCGCUCCACGAGCUCACCGUGCUGGACCUCAGCUUCAACCAGGUCCAGGGCCAGCUGCCGGGGUCCAUAGCCGGGAUGCACAAGCUCGAGCAGCUUGACGUCGCGCACAACGAGCUCUACGGCCACAUCCCGGAGGGCAUCUGCGCGCUGCCGAGCCUGAAGAACUUCACCUACUCGUACAACUUCUUCUGCAACGAGCCGAAGCGCUGCCUCAACAUCCGCCGCAUCGAUGACAGCCAGAACUGCAUCGCCGGCAGGCCGGACCAGCGCCCGGCCGACCAGUGCCUCGCGUUCCUGCACCGCCCGGAGCCGGUGCAAUGCGACGCGCACGGCUGCAUCGUGCCGCCGCACUACUGACCACCUCGCGGUGGCUAGCGGCACGCGGCUGGCCGGCGGUGACUCGUAAAAUUCGAUGGUGAUGUGAGUGAGACCGAAAGGGUAAAUUCGUACACAGACACGGCCGUACAUAUAUAUACAGUGUAAUUUUUCUCUUUUUCUUCACAGGAGUUGUAAUAUGUGAUGGAAUUGUAGACAGAAAUGAUAGUGCAUUACAGUUUCAGUUA